GUGUCAAAUGAAUGGUGUUUUGGUUGGCGUUGGAGUCGACCACUGAUUGCGUGACUGCAGUGACUGUACUCCGAGUGGUGAGUGUCUGCAGUGAUGUCGUCCACCGAUUGUCCCAAUUGUGUGAAAGUGAAUGAAGUAAUGAGUGACCAGAAGAACAAAAUGGCGUUAAUUGAGGUCCGCUUAAGAGAUUUAGUGAAGGCUUACAAAAAGGUUUGUUCCGAAAGAGACAAUCUUCUGGCCAUCAGUUCGGCCACUGUUUUGCCGAUCAAUGACUCACACGAACAGCAAAAGCGUUUGUCGUCUCUGGAGGCGAGUGUCGCUGAAAUGUCUGCCAUUUGUGGCAAAUAUGAGUCGCAGAGCUUCAAAGACCAACAAUUGAUCCAUGAGUUGACACAAAGAUGUGAACAAUUGACAAAUGAGUUGAAAUUACACGAAACGAGUGCCGCAAACACUCGUGAAAAGAGCCACAAAUCAGAGAAGACUUAUAGACACAGAGGAAUACAAACGGAAGAAUCCAUGGAAUCGAGUGAUGAGACAAAGACUGAUGUGUUGACCGAUUCGGUCAAAGAUGUGAAACAUAUGGAAACGCAGACCGACUUUGUCUCUGAAUUUGAUGUCUUUAACGGAAGUCAUCACAAGAAAAGCGAAUUAGCGAUCGUUUUGCCCACUCUUUCACAGACACAACCAAAUGAUUGCGAAUCAGAUUUGGAUGACUUGUCCGACAGAAGCAGAAGUCGUGCCAAUAGUAUUGGAUCCAAUGGUUUAGACAAUUAUCCGGUGUUUGAGACUCACCCCAGAGAAACGGCUCAAAGCAGUAAUGAGUUGUUUGUGUCCAACAAUUCAAGCGGUGUUUCCCUCUUCUAUGCCAAUGAAUUGGCGCGAAAAGAGAUAGAUUUGGCCGAAACGAGACUACAGGCGCGCGAGAAUGAGUGCGCUUUGCGUGAACUCCAGUGGAAAUACAAUACAGACAAAUACAAAUUGCAGACCCGUAUCACUGAUUUGGAGAGAAAUCUGUCGCAAAUGUCUUCAAACCAACCGUUGAGUCAAUUGAACGUAACGUAUAUUCGCAACGUUUUGAUGAAAUUAUUGAACACUAAAGACAAACAUCAGAAACAGUUUAUGAUUAACGCUAUUCUGACGGCUUUGGACCAAAAGGAUAAGAAACCCAAAUGA